AUGAAGUACUACGAACUAGCAGGUCCAGUUGGGAAUUUGGCUGCCGGAAAAACGGCCAUCCAAUCUUCAUUUUACGGCACUGACAGAACAUUCGGACCAGAAAAUGCUGUCGACUCGCGUCGGUACCCAUUCCAAAAUGAACUUGACCAUGAUCUAAAGUCGUGCUCUCACACUGCUUACCUGGGUGAGGAUGAUGAAGAUCACUCCCCGUUCUGGCAGGUUGACCUUGGAUCACGACAUCUUGUACUGUCUGUCUCUUUCCUUAGCAGGAUCGAAUGUUGUGGUGAACGCAACCAGCGCCUGAACAUCACCGUAGCAGAAACAGCCAAUGGACCGCGAGCUUUGUGUAUGUAUUACCCAGGACCUGCCUUCGUCGGAAAGAUGAAAACUUUUUUCUGUGAGAAACCAUUAUUUGGUCCAGUUGGGAAUUUGGCUGCCGGAAAAAAGGCCAUCCAAUCCUCAUUUAUCGGCACUGGCGCAGCAUUCAGACCAGAAGAGGCUGUCGACUCGCGUCGCUACCCAUUACAAAAUGAAGUUGACCCUAAUCUAAUGUCGUGCUCUCACACUGACCCCCUGGAGGACCAUUUUCCGUUCUGGCAAGUUGACCUUGGAUCACGACAUCUGGUAUUGUCUAUCUCUUUCCUUAGCAGGAUCGAAUGUUGUGUUGGACAAUAUCAGAGACGUGACCUUCGUUUCCUCUACUAUAUUUUAGGUGAACGCAACCAGCGCCUGAACAUCACCGUAGCAGAAACAGCCAAUGGACCGCGAGCUUUGUGUAUGUAUUACCCAGGACCUGCCUUCGUCGGAGAGAUGAAAACAAUCUUCUGUAAACGCAACCAGCGCCUGAACAUCACCGUAGCAGAAACAGCCAAUGGACCGCGAGCUUUGUGUAUGUAUUACCCAGGACCUGCCUUCGUCGGAGAGAUGAAAACAAUCUUCUGUCCGAUCGGCAAUUUGGCAGCCGGAAAGACAGCAAUUCAAACCUCUUAUCUUGGUUUGGACGAGACGUUUCACGCGAAUCGUGCUGUCGACUCACGUCGCUACCCAAAGCAAGAUGAAUUGGAUCUUAAUCUUAUAUCCUGUUCUCAUACGGCCGACACAGGCGAGUCUGAUGAAGAUAACACCCCAUACUGGCAGGUUGACCUAGGAUCACGACAUUUAGUGACGUCUGUCUCGUUUUUGAGCAGGAUCGAAUGCUGUGGUGACCGUAACCAGCGCCUGAACAUCACUGUAGCAGAAACAGCCACCGGACCCCGAGGUUUGUGUAUGUAUUACCCAGGACCCGCCUUCGUCGGACAAAUGAAAACGUUCUUCUGCGAGAAACCAGUGUUUGGUCAGUUUUUAAGAAUCUCGCGAGAUCGUGUCAACUUGAACACUUGCGAGAUCGAAGUGUAUGGUUACCCGCUAAACUAACAAUUUGCAAUGUAUUCCAUUGUAUUUUGAUGUUAAGGUAUUGGAAGGUUUAUGGCAUAGAAGUGAAUAUGUUUAUAUUAUACAGUUAGUGAGAUUUUAGCACCGAAAUCGCAGAUCAAUAUUACUUUUCAUUUUGAAGAACAUAAGAUCGCAUUCACUUGCUGAACAUCAGAUCAUUGAUAUUUUAUUUUAUGACUUUUCAUAAGAACAUAAUUUUUCAUAUAGCGGAUGCAAUUUUUGUUGAAUCGGAAGGUAAAUAAUGAAUGUAUCAUCUCCCUUGUUAGAAUUUUUGAAAAUCUUCAGCUA